ACAAGCAUCGGUAAACAAAUGUUUAAAAAGACGACAACAACUUCAGUUUAAUUACAUGCGCGCAUGUGAAUCGCCCUAAAAACAUUGGCGACAACGUGAACCUGCGAUAGACGCGUCGUGGCAGACCAGACAAUCCUAGAGGACGAGAGCAGCACAACACAAAGCGAAAUAGCUCUUUGAUUGUCAAGUAGUUUUUAACUGACAAAUGUCUCGGGCAUCGAAAGCGGUUUUGGAAGCAUUAGGUUUUCAAACGAAUUCGUACGUCUCGACAGGGCGGGCGGAUCUUCAAGAAAGAAGAAACAGUGAACAAUUAACGGUUUCAUAUUUAGAAAGAAAAUGGAACCAGUCAGCAAGCGAAGGGAACCUCCCCGGAAUUGUUGCAUUAUUGGAACAAGAUCCAAACCUUGUAACAACACAGACUGCUCUUCAUUGGGCUGCCAAAAAAGGGAGAAAGGAUAUAGCCGAACUUGUCAUAAAUACAGGAAUGGAUGUAAAUAUGAAAUCGUUUGUGUGGCAUUCUAUCAACGGUUCUUUAAUUGGCCAGAAGGGGGGAUACACUGCGUUACAUCUCGCCGUGAUCCAAGGCCGAGAAAACGUCAUUGCUUCUCUGUUUGACAGCGGAGCGGAUGUUGACGUGCGCGAUAACAGUGGUCGGAAACCCAAGCACUACGUUAAGGAGACUACAUCGCUCUGGAUACAAAAAAAACUUGGCAAGACAUUGGCACCGUCAGUUUUGGUAUCAUCUGGCGAACCCCUGAACAAAGGACUUCAAAAUAUCGGCUCCAUAUUCUUACAGAUGAAAGUACUAAGCAAUUCACUUGGAACAGGUCUGGACAAACUGGACGAGGAACCGGGAAGAUUAUCUCCCCUAACACCACGAAAGAAAGCGGCAAGAUCGGCGUCCUUUGUCAAGAUCUGCAGAAACGUUACUGGCAAAUUUAAGGACAAAAAGGCAUCUAAACUGGAAAUCCCUGAAGUUGUUGAAGACGUCACAGGCUAUCACAGGACAGGAAGAGCAAGAUCCGCUCCAGAUAUCAAUCACAUUACAGAAUGGAGUCCGCGUAUUAUACAAGUGAUGCCUUAGCAAGUGAUAUGCCAGAAGCUUGGCUUUCACGAUGGUGGUUUUCGGUGUGUGUAACAUGACAUCGCUGACCCAUUUCACCUAAGCACGAUAAUAUAGCCUCCAUAGACCCUCUUUUUGAUACGCCAUCAGUAGGUAGUUUUCAUAGUCUGCAGGCAGGCCCUAUUAUUCUUCGUACUACAAGACACGUGUUUGUCCUUCCCCGGGGGGAUUUAAGACGAAGUUCGCCAGGGGUCUGGCGCUCACCAUCAGUACCAGACCCUUACGCAGACUUCUCGCCGACUUGCGUUCUUCAUGGCCUCCUACCGUAAUGUUUCGAUUAGCACUCUCCUAAUAAGUGCCCUCCUUGAAUCGGUUUUUGUUAAUGAUAGUAAGCGCCCCUAAUGAGUAUGCAUCCUCAUUCCAAUAAGUGCCCCUAUUCCAAUAAACGCCUUAUUUUUGUUUCAGAAAUAGGACUGAAAAAAGUACAUGAACAUGAAGAUCAACCGUGGUCUAUCUUACUUUAGUUGCUCACUUUAAGCCACACGACAAUAUGGUGGUCAUCGUCUCAGUCUCUCAAGUAUUAUGUCGCCAUAAGUGCACAAAUCCUUUAAACGAAAGAUCUCGUCUCAACGCUUUCUUUCGCACAUUCUGCUGUUUCUCAAAAUAGAAAUAAGCGCCUGUUUCGAAUAAUCGUCAUCCCUUGAGGUAUCAAAAGUAAAUAGGUGCCCAAGGUGCUAAAUCGAAUCAUUACGGUACUUUCACGAGAGCGGAGGAACCCUCGUGCCGAAGGAGCCUUCGUGCUGAAGGAAACCUUGUAACAAAGGAACCCUCGUGCCGAAGCGCUCAUAAUAAAGGCCUGCUCCAAAGCUACAGUUUUCCUGAUUCCUUUAUCUGAUUGUGACUUCCCCCUGAAACAACUGUAAGGCAAACUUUCCUCUCCACUCUGUCAACAAUAAUUGACAGGUGUUCAUUUUAUUAAAAAAGAUUGAGACUACAAAAAAAACAUCACAUCUGUACAAAAGGUGCAAUAAAUAUUACCAACUACGAAUCUAACGGUUCUUGUUGACAUCAAAUCAAUAAUUCACAAGACAAAAAAUGAAGAAAGAAGCCCUGGCGA